GCAGCAGCAGGGAGCGUGGUCGGAGCUGGGCGGGCGGCGGGGCGGGAUGGCUCCGGGUCCCGCUCCGAGGAGGAAGGGGGCCUCGGGGCCUGCGGGCGGGCUACCCUCCGUGCGCCAGAGCCUGCGCCGGGCCUGGCAAGACAAGCACCUGGUGCUCUUCGAGCCCCACUACACCCCGCUGGUGGCCGCCUGCCUCUGCCUGGCCGAAGUGGGGGUCAACCAGUGGGUCAUACACAGGGUGGCAUAUACAGAGAUCGACUGGAAAGCCUAUAUGGAUGAAGUGGAGGGUGUUGUCAAUGGGACUCUGGAUUACACCCAACUAAAGGGGGACACAGGCCCUCUUGUAUAUCCUGCUGGCUUUGUUUACAUCUUCCUGGGCCUGUAUUAUGCAACUGGCCAUGGCACCAACAUCCGCCUGGCCCAAUAUCUUUUUGCUGCCCUUUACCUUGCCACACUGCUGCUCGUUUUCCGCAUCUACAGCCGAACGAGUAAGGUCCCGCCCUAUGUUUUCUUCUUCAUGUGCUGCGCCUCCUAUCGCAUCCACUCCAUCUUUGUCCUGCGCCUCUUCAAUGACCCGGUGGCCAUGGCGAUCCUUUUCCUGGCUGUCAACCUCUUCCUGGAGGAGCAGUGGUCCUGGGGAUGCUUCUGCUUCAGCCUGGCAGUGUCUGUGAAGAUGAAUAUCCUGCUUUUUGCUCCGGGUCUCCUUUUCCUCCUCCUGCAGCGCUUUGGCCUGCUAGGAGCCAUUCCCAAGCUCGCUAUCUGUGCGGCCCUGCAGGUUGUUUUGGGGUUGCCCUUCCUGGUGGUGAACCCUGUUGGGUACGUGUCCCGUUCCUUUGAUCUGGGCCGACAGUUCCUCUUCAAGUGGACAGUAAACUGGCGAUUCUUGCCAGAAGAGGUUUUCCAGCACCGGACAUUCCACCUGGCAUUGCUGGCCGCCCAUUUAGCUGCCCUGGGGCUGUUUGCACUGAAGAGGUGGCACAGGUGUGAUGAAAGCAUCCUGUCACUGCUGAAGGAUCCAGCUGAGAGGAAGAACCCUCCGCAGCCCCUCUCAGCCAAUCAGGUAGUCUUUGCUCUCUUCACUUCCAACUUCAUCGGCGUUUGCUUCAGCCGCUCCUUGCACUACCAGUUCUAUGUCUGGUAUUUCCACACUCUGCCCUACUUGCUCUGGUGCACGCCUCCCAAGAAGCUUGCUCAUCUGCUAAAGGUGCUCAUUCUAGGUUUGAUCGAGCUUUCUUGGAACACGUACCCGUCAACAGUUUACAGCUCCGCCGCCCUACAUGUUUGCCACGCCAUCAUCCUUCUCCAGCUCUGGUAUGGGACGGAGCCCUCCAUGACCCCCCAGGAAGUAAAGAAACAGCCUUUGAAAAAGGCCGAGUGAAAACUGCACAAGAGGAGCUUCCCACAGUGAGAGCAUGAACAAGAUGGUCCAGGCAUGGAUGUUGCUCUGGGUCAGAUGCUGAUGGACCACUUCCAUUCCCUCCUGGGAGGACCUCUUGCUCAAGUGCAGGCACUGCCUCCUAGCCCAGAAGGGUGGUGGUGUGUGGAUGGGAAAGAGUACAAUCUGCAUACCUGCUGGUGGUAAUGUGGAACAGCUUAAAUAAAAUCAGCCAGGGCUUGGCGUGAGGCCUCUUGCCUCUGUAUUUUGA